GGGGGUGUGUGUGUUGUGUAUAAAAGGGGGCGGCACACACAUACACACACACACACUGGGCAGAGUGCAGCAAGGCUGAGGUCGGGCAGCGCUCCGUACCUGGAUCUCUGGCACAAUCAUCAACGGGAUACAGGGAACAACCCGAGCCAUGAACAACGCCGACGCCAAAGACUACCUCUCCAACCAGCAAAUACCCCAGUUGUUCGAGAGUCUACUCACGGGGCUGAUGUACCACAGGCCCGAUGACCCCGUUGACUACUUGGAAGGUUGCUUGAAGAAGGUGAGGGAGCUUGGAGGUCCGGAGUGGGUGCGCUGGGACACCUUCGUUACCCAGGAGAAGAGGGCCUUGCCCCCUCUCAACGUUUGCCAGGCUAGGAGAGCGGUCUUCAGAAAUGCUCUGCCCGACGGCCCCGCUUUUGCCCUGCGCCGCUACGACCGCCUGCCGCCCAUCCACCAGUUCUCCAUCGAGAGCGACACAGACCUGACCGAGACGGCAGAGCUGAUCGAGGAAUACACAGUGUUCGACCCGACGAAACCUCGGCCCUGGAUCAUUCUGCUCAUAGGUGGUCCAGGCAGCGGGAAGGGGACUCAGAGCCUGAAGAUCGCCCGGCGAUACGGCUUUGAGUACAUCUCGGUGGGAGAGCUGCUCCGAAAGAAAAUGAUCCAGAACACCACCUGCAACAGGAAGUGGAGACUGAUCGCGAAAAUUAUCACCCACGGGGAGAUGGCGCCCCAGGAAACCACCAUCACUGAGAUCAAGCAGCAUUUAAUGCAGCUGCCGGACGCUCGGGGGAUUGUCAUUGACGGAUUCCCCAGAGACGUGGCCCAAGUCCUGUCCUUCGAGGACCAGAUCUGCAGCCCGGAUUUAGUGGUGUUCCUCGCUUGCCCCAACUACCAGCUGAGGAAGAGGUUGGAAACGCGGGCGGAACUCCAGGGUCGCCCUGACGACAACCCAAAGGCCAUUCAGCGCCGGCUGGCCACCUUCAAACAAAACACCAUCCCAUUGGUGAAGUAUUUCCAGGAAAGGGGUCUGAUCGUCACGCUGGACGCAAGCAGGAAUGAAGAGGAGGUGUUUUACGAUUUAUCGGUGGCAGUGGAUAACAAACUGUUCCCCAGCAAGGAGCCAGCGGCAGGCCCCAGCGAACUGGAUCUCAGUUUCCUGCUGGAUUCCACUGAGGAGUUGGACGUCGAGACAGAGACUGAAGAUCAGGGAAACGACGAGGCCACAGCACCAGCAGACGGCAAAACUGAAGAGGACUGGGAGACCAGGCCGACCAUCUUCGUUGUCGGUGAUGCAAGCUCUGGGAGAGGAAGUCCGUGUGACAGAGUAGCAGCAGAAUACGGCUUCACCCACCUGCGUGCGGACGACCUUGUACAGGGCAUGACGGCUCUCGGAGACGCCAGCAGUCGGGGUGUUGGAGAAAGCGGGGAGCAGGAGCAACUGGUGCCUCGGAGUCUCAAGGACAGCAUCAUUUGUGGAAUGGACGCCAAAGGAUUCAUCAUAGAUGGCUACCCUUGGGCAGUGGAGCAGGCCGUUGAAUUUGAGAGGAAGAUAGUUCGGCCCAGCCUAGUGCUGCAGAUGAGUGGCUCCAUGGACAACACACACCAGGGGCCACUGAACACAACCCGAGCGAGUGGCCGCACUGGUGUUGGAGGAGACCGGUUAGAUACCGAGUGUAGCGAGGCCUACCAGAGCGUGGAUCUGGCCGUCCUGGAGAAGUACCGCAUGGAGAACACCAUCCACAAGUUGGUUUCAACGAGGUUCCCCUACACAUGA